CGGGACCAAUAAUAUCGCAUGUCAUCAACAACAGGGCGCGUUUGUUGUUCUAGCAAGACAUGCAAAGAUGGUGAAAUGACUUGAAAUUCCAACUCGGGUGAAUAUUUUCGGACUCCUAAUUCCGUUCAACCUAAUCGAUCCCAAACAUGCGGCAUUAAACUCGGCGCUGGAAAAGGUGGCGUAUGCGGGUCGUCUGUCUAGGUAGGAGCUGAAGGAAUUCCAGGCACGGGAAGAAGAAGCAAAGCAGAAAUCUGUGCCAAGAUGCUGCACUCAAACUGGGCCGUAACUCUGCUUAGUCGCUCCAUACGGAGCCGGAAUAGUGUCGCUACUUCGAAUGGUAUUUCUGCUUGACCGAUCGCAAGUUGCAAGAACAGCACGACAGCUGAAUAGUGAGAACAUCCAAGGCUAGUCAGCCACAUAGCUCCACAGCUACUCCUGCGGGAAGACAUUUAAAAUGGCGAAAGGCUGGCCCCUUUCCUCGGUCUUCGUCUUCGUGCUUCUUAAUGCGAUUGCCUGGGGCCUGAAGACGUGUCCGGCUCCUUGCUCGUGCUCCACGGGACCGGACCAGCUCCGAGUUUUGGACUGCAACAGGAGACGGCUCUCGGCGGCUCCCUUGGAGCCACUGGAGGGGAUAAAUCAAGUCUCAAUGGACCUCAAUGAUCUAACAGCCCUGCCCUUCUUUGGAGAAGCCACCGCCAACAUCACCUCACUGUCACUAGUGCAGAACCGUAUCUCUGAGCUCUUGGUGCAUCAGCUGCUGCCGUACGAGUCACUGGAGACGCUGGACCUGACAUCCAACUCCCUUUCCGAGCUCAGGGCGGGAACCUUCCCCUCCAUGCUGUUAAAAGAUCUAAAUUUGAGUAAUAACAAGAUCAGCGUCCUGGAGCCGGGUUGCUUCGACAACAUCUCCAGCUCUUUGCUGGUAUUGAAACUCAACCGGAACAGAUUGACGGCGCUACCGGCUAAAGUCUUCAAACUUCCCAGUCUGCAGUUUUUAGACCUUUCCUCCAAUGACCUGACCAGACUGGAGGACACCGCUUUUGUGGGCUUAGGUCUUCUGGAGAGCCUGAACCUUGGCGAGAACUCCAUUAGCCGCGUGGAAGAGCGGGUCUUCAGUAGUCUGGCCAAUCUGCACACAUUCAUCCUCAACACAAGCAGCUUGCUGUGCGACUGUCACAUGCAGUGGCUGGGAGCCUGGCUCACCAGCAGCCACUUUCUUCAUUCCGUCUCCGCCGUUUGCGCCCACCCGGCCGGCUUGCUCGGUCGCAAUGUCCUUUCAGUCCUCCCCAAAGACUUUGUUUGUGACGACUUCCCCGAGCCUCGGAUCACCACUCACCCCGAGACGUCGGUGGCGCUGCGUGGCAACAACGUGACCCUGAGCUGCGUAGCAUUGAGCAGCAGCGACUCGCCAAUGAGCACGGCGUGGCGGAAGGACGGCGAGAUGCUUUACGAUGCCGAGGUCCAAAACCACGGCCGGUACCAGGACGGCGAGCUGAUCUACACCACCGUGCUGCACCUCCUCAACGUCGACUUCACCGCAGAGGGACGCUACCAGUGUGUGGUGUCUAACCACUUUGGUGCCAACUACUCCAACAAGGCCAAGCUCACUGUCAACGAGCUGCCGUCCUUCCUCAAGACCCCCAUGGAUCUGACCAUCCGCACCGGGACCAUGGCCCGGCUGGAGUGCGCCGCCGAGGGCCACCCUUCGCCACAAAUCUCGUGGCAGAAGGACGGCGGCACGGAUUUCCCCGCCGCCCGUGAGCACAGGAUGCACGUCAUCCCGGACGACGACAUCGUCUUCAUCGCCAACGUGAAGGCGGAGGACAUGGGGGUGUACAGCUGUAUGGCGCAGAACGCGGCGGGCAGCUUGUCUGCCAACGCCACACUCACCGUCCUGGGUGAGUCGUAGACACAUUAGUGUGACACAUGGACGCUCCCAUUUCCAACAGGUGAUCAGGUAGUACUGUGAUGGUCUAAUCCGCUAUAAAAAGUACAGAAGAUCAAGUGACCAAAUUUGAGACAUUCCCAUUUCUAAAAGAUGUUGAUCAAGUAGUACAGUGAUAGUCUAAUCCGCUAUAAAAAGUACAGGAGCCCAAGUGACCAAUGAUUACUGGUUGAUGACAUGAUGUGUCCCAUAGAUGCCUGAGGGUGGCAGCAAAGCACUUCUUUUAUGUAAAUGAAAUGCGUCAUUUCACUUCUGUGUGUUAUUGUGAGAGCAAAAUGUCACAAGAUGGUGACAAAGUAGGCCUAUGAGCAAAAACAGCAUAUACCGUUUUUUUACAUUGUGACAGCAAACGAGCAGGUGAUCGAGCAAGCCUUGUCUGAUACGAGAGCAUUGCGUUCGUAUGGAGCGUGUUUGAAGUGAACAGCAGAGACGAAAGGAACAAGGCAAAGUGUUGUGAAAUAAAAUAUUACCUGUAAUACGCAUUUUGUUAUUUGCUGAUUGUAUUAAACUAUCACAUUCAUUGUCAGUCAAGAAGAGAAGAGGACUAUUCGCAUCUGAUCCAUAGUGCGCAUGCGCAGUGUUACUGCCUCCGUAUGACGUCCAGUCCACGAUGGAGAUUAAAAAACAAACAAUAUUUGACAAUAA